GGCUUUUGAGCUGGAGUGGUUUAGUUUUUCUGUGUGCUCAGUUCGUUUGAGUUGCUUUUUUACUACUUGCCGAAGCCUAAUAGUUCCGGAGGUUUCGGAGGUUCGCGCAUUGAAGUUUUUCGUUUUUCGUUGACUACUUCUGGUGUUUGGAUGUGUUUGUGUAGUGAGAAUGAAUAGAGAGUGCGGCUAGCUGUGUAACACCCAACAAAAGCAAAAGGCAAAGCCAAGAAAAGAAGAAGAGAAGAUCGUACUUACCUGUUCUUUCCCAUUGAUCUCCACGUUCGUCGGGGCCAACGAUCAAGACCCGCGAGGCUGCUGCUGCUGGGUUUCAACCUUUGAGGUGUGCGUGGUGUGAUUCGGCCUCUUCUUGUUGGAUGGAGAGUUGUAUUUCGUUUUGUUGUUCGAUUUCCGUCGACACAUGCAAUUAUUUAACUUGCCGAGCGCCUAUGAUGUGGUGGAAUGAGCUAAGUGAAUGAAAAAAGGAUUGCAUUAGAAGAUCGGUUGGGAUUGAUUGGUUCUAAGCUAAGAAAAAAAAAAUUACCGGCUGUGUGCCGAAUCGAAUGACAUCAUGUGCAACAGGGUGGUUUUCUGUGGUGGCUCCCAGAGAACGGCAAGAUUGGUACGCAACAGAUUAGCCAAACUUUGAGCGCAAUACCGAGAAGGAAAACAAACGGACCGCUCCAAGGGGGUGAUAAAUCAACAAGUGGGUCGCAUACGGGACCAAAGAACGUGUGCUAAAAGCGAAGCCACAAAAAAACUCCAGGCAUUGAUUUGAAUGGAGUGUGAAGCGAAAACCUGAUUUUCAUUCAUAAAGUGCGCGCGAUCGAGUGGCUCUGUGUGGGGAAAUUCGCGAGAUAAAGCGGCGUUGGACAGAGAGCUUCUCGCCUAGCUAGCGUGACUCGUAGUCCCGCAUCCGCCGAAACCAGCCUCCGGCAACCGCAACCGGUGGCAACCGAAACAAAAACAUCACAACGCAGCUAACCGAGUUGUACAUUUCUAUUAUACAAUGUAUUUAGAGCUCACGGUUAAUUAGUUAUUCAACAGCGAAGUUUUAGCUUAGUUGGUAGAGCAAGAGAAAAGUGAGACAACGGGGUUGGGGAAAAGGCCAAAGGCAGUGUUAUUUUUUCCACAAAUUAUCAUACAGCAGCAACAGAAGGUGUGUGUGUGUGUUUGUGUGCGCAAGUGUGCGAAAGAGCAGAGAUUUUCGAGCAUCGAGAGCAAUAGAUUAAUUAUUUCGUGGCCACGGCUGAAAUUACUGUUUGAAGUAUACAAAACAUCACAACGAGCGCAGUGGAGCAGCGAAAACAAUAAUAUUGUGCUGUUAAGUGUCUUUUUGCCGAAUGUAACAGUACUCACAACAGAGUGAGUGUUUGAAAGAAUCCGACCGACCGACCGAACGGCCAAUAUCGAAGAACCGUGAAAUGGAAGACGCGCAACAAACCUUGCGUUGAUGAAUUUUUGAUUGUUUUAGCCCUACGCGCGGAUGCUCAAGUUAAUAGCGAUUUGCGUAACGCAACAAUAACAUUGCAGUUGUUGUUGGUCGGGUCUGAAAAUAGUUCGCUGUCGAAGCAACGUAAAGUGUGAUCGCGCGGAGUGGUUGUGGCAAAAUUUGCACCUGAACGUGUUUCGUGAGAGCAAUGGGGAACAAGAUGGAGCAGUGGAAGUGGAAAACAUUCGCACUGUCAGUGCUAAUAUUGCUCCAAUCGUUUGGAUUCGGGAGCUGCUAUCUUAAGGAUUACAUCCACAAGCAGGAGGACAACGAAAUGAGAGAUAUUUUCGGGAGUUACACCAGUCGAGUCUGUAUUGGAACGAACGGUCGCAUGUCGGUGCCUUCGAAUCGCGAGUAUCACUACAAGAACCUGCGCGAUCGGUACACCAACUGCACAUACGUGGAUGGCAACCUGGAGAUCACCUGGAUCCAGAACUCGUCGUACGAUUUGGGCUUCCUGCAGCACAUUCGGGAGGUGACCGGCUAUGUGAUGAUCAGCCACGUGGACAUCCCGCAGGUUAUUCUGCCCCGGCUGCAGAUCAUCCGUGGCCGGACGACGUUCAAGCUGAACAAGUGGGAGGACGAGUUCGGGCUGUUCGUGUCGUUUUCCCAGAUGAACACGCUGGAGAUGCCCGCUUUGAGGGACAUUCUCAGCGGGUCGGUCGGUAUGUUCAAUAACUAUAACCUGUGUCACGUGAAGACUAUCAAUUGGGAGGAGGUGUUCUCCGAUCCUAGAGCCCACUAUCGGUACACGUUCAACUUCACAACCCCGGAGCGGAAUUGUCCGCCCUGUCACCACAGCUGCGAAGCGGGUUGCUGGGGCGAGGGAGCCCACAACUGUCAGAAGUUCAGCAAGCUGAACUGUUCUCCACAGUGCUCGCAGGGGCGCUGCUUCGGCUCGAAACCUCGCGAGUGUUGCCACCUUUUCUGCGCCGGAGGCUGCACUGGUCCUACCCAGAAAGACUGCUUAGCUUGUAAGAACUUUUACGACGAUGGCGUGUGCAAGCAGGAGUGUCCACCCAUGCAACGAUACAACCCAACCAACUACCUGUGGGAACCGAAUCCAGAGGGCAAAUACGCCUACGGAGCAACCUGUGUUCGCAACUGUCCGGAACAUUUGCUGAAGGAUAAUGGGGCGUGUGUCCGGACGUGUCCUCCAAACAAGAUGGCACAAAAUGGUGAGUGUGUCCCCUGUAACGGAGCAUGUCCGAAAACAUGCCAGGGAGAGGGUAUCGUCCACUCGGGGAACAUCGACAAAUACAAAGACUGCACUAUCAUCGAGGGUUCGCUAGAGAUACUGGAUCAAACGUUCGACGGGUAUCAGCAGGUGUUCUCGAACUUCUCGUUCGGUCCCCGGUACAUAAAGAUUCAUCCGGAUCGGUUGGAGGUGUUCUCAACGCUGAAGGAAAUCAGUGGCUUCAUCAACAUUCAGGGGUAUCAUGUGGAUUUUAAGAAUUUGUCGUACUUCAGGAAUCUGGAGGUAGUUGGCGGACGGCAGCUGAAGGAGAAUCUGUUCGCGUCCGUGUAUAUCGUGAAGACAUCGCUUCGUUCCCUUGAGCUGAAAUCUCUGAAACGGGUUAACUCGGGUGCGGUCGUCAUUCUGGAGAAUGAUCAACUUUGCUACGCCCAGGAAAUCGACUGGUCCAAAAUCAAGAAGUCUGCCGACCACGACAGUGUGAUUAUGUCGAACCGGAACACAACCCUUUGUCAUAAAGAAGGGAUGUUUUGUGAUGAGCAGUGUACCAGUGCCGGUUGCUGGGGUAAAGGACCGGAACAGUGUCUUGAGUGUGCAAACUUUGUCUACCAGGCUAAAUGUCUCGACAGCUGCAAGAGUCUACCAAAGAUCUACCAGGUCAAUUCGAAGACCUGCGGAGACUGUCACCAGGAAUGCUCGGAUUCGUGCUACGGCCCGAACGCUGACAAUUGUGGGUCAUGUGUGAACGUGAAGGACGGCAAGUUCUGUGUGUCGGAAUGUCCGAAAACCAAGUACGAUCUGAACGGAACCUGUGUUGCCUGUCACAAAACCUGCAUAGGUUGCAAUGGACCACGGGAUACCAUCGCGCCGAAUGGUUGCAUUUCGUGUGAUCGUGCUAUAAUGCGAGGCGAUGGAACCGUCGAGCGAUGUUUGAUGAAGGAUGAGCCUUGUCCAGACGGAUACUACAGCGAACGCGUCGAACAGGACGAGGGUCCUCUGAAGCAGCUCUCGGGCAAAUCUGUUUGCCGUAAGUGUCACCCACGUUGCAAGAAGUGCACCCAGUACGGAUUCCACGAGCAGGUAUGUCAGGAGUGUGCCAGCUACAAGCGGGGAGAGCAGUGUGAAGAUGAAUGCCCCGUGGAUCACUUCGUCAACGAGAACACCCGUGAGUGUUUGCCGUGUCAUUCGGAGUGUCGUGGCUGUCGGGCAGCGGGAGAAGACCAGUGCAAUGACUGCCGCAAUCUGAAACUCUACGAUGGCGAUCCGUUCGAUAACUCCACCGCUUUCAACUGCACCAGUGUUUGUCCACCAACCCACCCGUACAAGCACUUCCCGCUGGAAACCAGCAAGAUUGGUCCGUACUGUUCGGCUGAUCAGGUACAGAGUGGCUUCCGGCUGGAAGCCUCGACCACUCCGUUUGUCCUGCUGGUGGCUCUUGCGCUGGCGGUUUUAUUUGCGCUCGCUCUCUGCAUGAUCUACCUGUACUGCAAGCAGAAGAACAAGAAGGAUGCCGUCAAGAUGACUAUGGCGCUGGCUGGAUGCGAGGACUCGGAACCACUGCGACCGACCAACGUCGGGCCGAAUCUAACCAAGUUGAGGAUUAUCAAGGAAGCAGAACUGAGACGGGGUGGUUAUUUGGGGAUGGGUGCGUUCGGACGGGUUGUGAAAGGUGUUUGGAUGCCGGAAGGGGAGAGUGUUAAGAUUCCGGUUGCGAUCAAGGUGCUGAUGGAGAUGUCCGGGUCGGAAUCGAGCAAGGAGUUCCUGGAGGAGGCGUACAUUAUGGCUUCGGUUGAGCAUCCCAAUUUGGUGAAGCUGUUGGCGGUUUGUAUGACCUCGCAAAUGAUGCUGAUCACUCAGUUGAUGCCGCUGGGUUGUUUGUUGGACUAUGUUCGCAAUAACAAGGAUAAGAUUGGGUCGAAGGCUUUGCUGAACUGGUCGACGCAGAUCGCUCGUGGUAUGUCGUAUUUGGAGGAACGUCGACUGGUGCAUCGUGAUCUGGCGGCGCGUAAUGUGCUGGUUCAGACGCCUUCUUGCGUUAAGAUAACCGAUUUCGGGUUGGCCAAACUGCUGGACUACGAUUCGGAUGAGUAUCGUGCAGCCGGAGGAAAGAUGCCCAUCAAGUGGUUAGCUUUGGAGUGCAUUCGCCAUCGUGUGUUCACAAGCAAGAGUGACGUUUGGGCGUUCGGUGUCACAAUCUGGGAGUUGAUGACGUACGGUACGAGACCGUAUGAGAAUGUUCCUGCCAAAGAUGUUCCUGAACAGAUUGAAAGCGGAGAUAGACUUCCUCAGCCGGAUAUCUGUUCACUGGAUGUCUACUGCAUUCUGCUGUCCUGCUGGGUUCUGGAUGCUGAUGCACGACCAACGUUCAAGACUCUAGCGGAAACCUUUGCGGAAAUGGCACGAGAUCCGGGCCGAUACCUGAUGAUUCCCGGAGAUAAAUUCAUGAGACUGCCCUCGUACACCAACCAGGAUGAGAAAGACCUCAUCCGUACACUUGCUCCGGCCGCUGAAGUUCCCGGAACUAUUGUCGAGGCCGAGGAAUACCUUCAGCCGAAAACGAGACCUGCGAUGAUGAUUCCACAUCCCUCGAUGGAAGCAAACGGCGAAGUGUCCAAGGCUAUGAUGUACUGCAAAGACCCGCACAAGAACAACGACGAAACGGACAGCAAAGCCCGCGAAGUUGGUGUUGGAGACAUCCGACUGAAUCUGCCUCUGGACGAGGAUGACUACCUGAUGCCAACUUGCCAAAGUCAAGCACCGUCGGUUCCCGGUUACAUGGAUUUGAUCGGUGUACCCGCAAGUGUGGACAAUCCAGAGUACCUGAUGGGAUCGGCCGGAAGCAAUCUGAGCAAUGGCCUUCCAACUCCGCCUCCACCGGGGGUGAUGCAAUGCGCCAACAACAACCCUGUUCCAAACUGCCCUGUGAAUAGCAGUAUACCUUCCAUGAUGCACAAGAGCACCGUUAGAGUUAGCACCGCCAGCCCCGGCACCACUAUUAACAACAACACCGUAGCCACCAACGCCAACAAGGGCGAAGCCAUACAGUUACAGCAUACGACGCUCCACGAGCCCCAGGCAGCGCCACCAACGCAAACGCUUGGUAUUCCGCUCUCCCCGACGGAGACGGAGACCACUUCCGAGCAUGAAUACUACAACGAUCUUCAACGAGAGCUGCUGCCACUGCACCGGAACGAGACCACGGUUUAACUCGGGGUGACUGAAGGGUGACUAACUACCUUUUUGUACAGAACUGAUCUUCCAUUUUUUAUAUCAUAACUAUACUAUAUCAAUUUAGUGGGAAUUUUAGGAGAUUUUCAGAUGCAUCGAGUAAAACCCUAUUGAAGAUAGCAAUUCUUUUUUACAUAUACGGAAAGUUCAAAUUGUUCUUAUCAUAAGUGCCUUUAAACGUUAGCGUAAUGGACGGAUUUCGCACCAACUCGACCAGAUGUUGACAUGAUCUAAUUAAGCAGCUUGGCAUAUUUAGUUUUCCGAAAAUUUAUCUAGACUAACAUUUGGAAAAUAACUGAGCCUGUAAAAAUAAAGGAAUUAAUAAAAAAAAAACAUUUGGAAAGGGCUUUGGUCAUUUUUUUAAAUUUUUUUUCACUCGAAUGUGUCAAGUCCUACAAAAAAGUGAUCAAUGGAAGAGUUUGAGGAAUAUAAUUGAAUAUUCAGACAAAAAUACUGAAAAAAUAUUUUUUUUAAAUUCUACACUGAAAAAACAGGAAGUGGGUUAUAUCUAUGGUAUAACCGCAAGGGUGACGUAGGACUAUCGUUGAUUUAGAGAUCAUUUGUAUGAAGUUGAAUCUGAAUUCAUUCUGAAUGAAUGAAUAUUUGGAGAACUUCGAAAACGAGAGCGUUACGUUGGAGGCACAAGGUUUUAUGCAUCCAAUAUUGGAUACGGAAAUAUCCUACUGAUGGGGAAGAAUAAUCUUCAGAAGCUAUCCUGUUGAUUGAAAAACCACAAAACCAAAUGUAUUUGGUCACAGUGUUACAUGGAUAGAAAACAUUCAAUUAAACUCUUUCACAUGAAUAUAUUUUGAAAAUUUCCAAAGGAACUGGCAGAUUAUUUUCAGUAACGAUUAGAUAUUUCCACAUUUUCCUCGAUACUGGAAGCCCACCAGUGGUUAAUGCCAACUCGAUAACCACCUGUUAAUAGCACUUGAUUGAAACAUAUUUGGUCACAGUGUAACAUGGAUAGAAAACAUUCAAUUAAACUCUUUCACAUGAAUAUAUUUUGAAAAUUCCCAGAGGAACUGGCAGAUUAUUUUCAGUAACGAUUAGUUAUUUCCACAUUUUCCUCGAUACUGGAAGCCCACCAGUGGUUAAUGCCAACUCGAUAACCACCUGUUAAUAGCCGCGCGUGUAUGUGUGUGUAGCGAUGUCUUCCCAGGGAACCGUUUGUGGCAUCACUCUCCUCCUGAUAGAUUCCCUACUGGCCUAGGGUGCACAAACAGGCUCUUGGUGACACCGUUCAUCCGCGCUUUCAUGAUAAAUAAAGAGCUUCACCGCAACAGCGACAACAUGCUCCAAUCGCUGUUCAAUUAGAACUGAGUGGAUUUCCGAACGCCGCUCGCUUAUAUACCGAUUGGUGAUUUCAAUAGCCUGAUUUGAAAGCAAUUUUAAGACUAUUGAAACAAGUUUUUGGAUCAAAAAGUAACAAGUAUAUAACGCGUAGACAUUUUAUCUUUCGAAUGAAGUGUUUAUCAUACCAUUUCGUUCAGUUGUUUAGGAGCUAUUAACGCUCAAAAUCUCGGUCUCCGGCGUAACGCUUUCGUUUUCGAAACUUUGAUUUUACACCCCGGUAUAGAAAUGAAAGACGUAGUCCUACGUCAAAAAUCGAUUUCAAAAACUAAAAGUCGAUUUUUUCAAAAUGGUCAUCUCAGAUUUUGAUGAAAUGGUAGAUAAAUGGGAGAUAAAUAUGUGCCCUACAACUCUUCCAUACAUUGCAACUUGUGCAUAUUUAAGGCGAAAAAUUUUUUCUAACAAAUCAAGAGAUUUUUGGCAGAUGGCUAUUGAUUGAGAGUUGUCGUUGCUCUCCGAAUUGAAACAUAUUGUAUUUGACUACAAAAACAAGCUGAAAACUGUACUUUAGCAUCCAAGGAUCACCAUAAAUUCAUUUUUACCUGUUAUUGAGUUUUUUUUUAUAGCUGUACAAUUAAAAAUAGAAAAUUUUCAAGAAAAAAUCUUCAAAAAGUUUUUAUUAGGAAGACUUUUUUACUUAAAUAUGCCCAAAUCAAAAAACAGGUCACGUUUUUAUGAAAUAAAGUUAAGUUAACGUUAAUAACUAUUUUCACUGUGAACGAAUUCUCGUGAUUUGCAUACCAAUCGAUUCGGAAAUUCUCUAAGAUUUGUUUGAUGUGCUAUACAUUACAAUUCGCUAAUCUCUGAACGGUUUAAAUUCAUGAAAACUGGAAGAACAUCCUUUUUUCCCAUACAUUUGUUCUACCGAUUUGUGUGCUAAGUCUACUCGUAUUUCGAAUGCUUAUAACUCGAACGUUUAAUUGAUAGAAAAUAUUUCACAGUUGAUAAAAAGUUAUUUUUCAUGAGAUGAACAAUUGAAUAACUGUAAAAUGUCAAGCGUUAUCUAAAUGCCAUAACCGCCAAGUGCUGAUUAACCCGAUUUACGGUUUCCCCAACACAGACUUCCAAAUCGAUGUACCUGUGAAAAUCCGCUUUGUAAAUAUACAUUCAAGUCGGGGGUAUUUUUUUCCCACUGAGCUGUAUUUCCCUAACAUGGACUUCAAAAUUAAUGUGCCUGGGUGAAUCCGCUUUACAAAUACAUGAUAGUCGGGGGUAUUUGUUGGUGCUGAGUACCUUUGUACUCGCUUGUCGUUGGGCAGACCGGAAUAUGUUUCCGUAAAACGUCAUUUCAGAUACUAGAGGUAAAUGAGCUUUCGCGGAUCGAGAACUACGUAAACAUGAGAUGUGCAAUAAUUUCAGAGGAAAAUGUAAAAUACAAUGAUCGUUUGACAAUUCUUCUGUUCACAUAUUUUGGUAGUCCUGGGCAUAAUAUCAAACGUAAAAGGACGUCCAUCAAAUUGAUUUGUAACGAAGAACAUAAUUUAUUACAAAAAAUUCGAUGCAUUCUUAAAUAAUAUUCGAAGUGGUAAACAAGUGUAUUGCAUAAUGUAAUUGCGUAGAAAAUAUGCGGUCGUGUUCUAGAUACAACCCCUUAAAAAAAAUUUCAGUAUAGAAUUUCAAAAAAUAUUUUUUUCAGUACUUUUUCUGAACAUUCAAUUAUUUUCCUCAAACUCUUCCAUAGAUCACUUUUUUGUAGGACUUACUAUUUUCGAAUAAAAAAUUUAUUAAAAAAUUACCAAAAAUAUUUAGCCCUUCACAUAUGUUAGUCUAGACAAAUUUUCGGAAAACUAAGUAUACCAGGUUGCUUAAUUAGGUAAGGUCUUCCCGUUCAGAAAGUUUCAUUAAGUUCUGAGAGGGUCAUGCCAAUCUCAUAGACGAGUUGGCGCGAAAUCCGUCAAAAGUAGGUGAUAGUGUGUGCAGGAGGGAGAGAUCAAAACAAGCGUGCCUUUAUCAAAAAGUGGUCAUCUGUUCGGGUGCUCCUCUGCCCAGUGCCCAGGAUUCCUCAAGCUACACAGAUGACCGCUUUAUAUGUUGUAUAUAAUUAUAUUAUAGCAGAAAGUGAACAUAUUUAAACUGAUACAUAGUAGUUAGUAGCGGAUAUCUAGUACUUAAGUAUCUUGUUUGUUAAGCUAGUAGGACGACUUCGGAAGAAAAAAUCUGAACGAAAGAGUGUGAGAUAAGUACAACAACGCAGAGAAGAAAAAAUGAAACUUUUUGGAGAUGUUGACGUUGCCCGCAAAAAGGGUCUCAGCAGACCUGGUGAUGUCAAACACAGUUGGAGUCAGAAUGUUUAGAUUGGUCAUGAAAUCCCUAUCGAAAAAAAAGUAUCAUGAAAAUUUGAAACAUUUACUGAAUUUCAUUGAAUUACCUGUGAUAUUACUUUUAAACGAGCGUCAAAUUUAUAUAACUAAGCUUUCUUCAAAGACUAUGGUUCAAAAAAAAAAAGAAAAGAGCAAUAGCAAUCCAACUGAUAUAUAGGAAACGUUUCGAUUUCAUACAAAAGUAACAAGUUUUAACGAUAACAACGCAAUGAUAAUAUGUUCAGAAAACAACGACGAAUACGCACUUAAUACUACCAGCUAAUCGAAUAGUUAAACCGCAGUUAGACACUAGAGCAGCAGCAGCACUAUUUUUGGAAUCUCUCCUCAGCGAUUUUUUUUUCUUGUAAACUGUUAAUCUGUUUUGCUUUGGCCGCGUACUAUUCAUAUGAAUUUUUGUUUUAAAACGUAACCUGCUGUAAAUAUAGGCGAAUAUCUGCAUAUUUGUGUGUGUAUGUGUGUACAUAGCCAGCUGUUAUGCCCUACUUAAGCCUUCUACGGUCCUGGAGCGCACGUGAGACAAUCAUCCCCCCAUCUCCCCAUCCUCCACUUGAAAUAUGGUUAUCAUUGAAACUUAUUACUCCCCCCCCCCCACGACGUCGCGUAUCAACAGUGGCAAAAGUAGAAGCUAGUGAUUAGGUUUAUAUUUGUGGUGUAGUUUUUUGAGUAGGACAAAAACCGGGAGAAAAAAGAAUACUGGAAGUGUUAAAUUGUGCCAUGUUUCGUGCAUGAGAAAAACGGAAACCGCUUUUAAGAAGCAUUUCAGCUAAAUCUUUUAUGGUUUGAUAAAGGAAAAAAAUUGACGGCGGUGUGUAUGUGUAGGAUAUAUGUGUAGAAGAAAUUAAAUAAAAAACAAAUAAAAAAAACAACGGAAAGGCUAUACGAAUUAGGAUUGGGCGAUCCCGGAUCGAUUCUCAAACAAUCGAUCUUUUCCAUUCCGAUUUCCGAUUUUUUGGAUCGAUCUUUUGUACUCGAGAAAAUCGAGAAAAUCGAUUUUCUGCUUUCGAUCUUUUCGAUCUUUUUGUAGAUUUGUUUUUCAGUGUUCAUCGAUUUUUUAUCUCACCAAAGGCCAGCUAACAUUUCUUUUAAACAUAAUGUCAGCAUUUGGAUCGCUUCUUCUACGAUUUACUUCAGUACAAAUGCUGACAGAGACAGAACUAAUGGAAGCUACAUAGGGGAUGAACUGUAACAGGCUGCGCGUAGGAUCAAUGAACCUGAUGUUGACAUUAAUUACUGGCGAAAGGUUGUUUUUUAGAUCUGGCGCCAAAAUCGAGAAUCGUAUGGCACGAUUGGCUUUUAUGGGAUCAUUGUUAGCUAAGUUCUGGGCUGUUGUUCAAUUUCUAAUGAUACUUUUUCGAUUAAUUCAUCAAAUAAAACAACUACCUGACGGCGCAAGAUGAAUUCCCUGUAGCUGUGGCCUUCAUGCUGUGGAACAAGAGGAAAUGCUUUUGAUAUUUGAAUAGAAAUAUGAAAUUUGUAUUCCCUGUUUAAAGAAACGACAGUAUUCAUAUAGGAUAAGCAUAUAAAUCGAAACAAGCUUCUAAUUUUUCAAAAAUCGAUUCAGCAAAGAUCGAUUCUUUGGUACUGAUUUAAUCAGUGGAUCGAUCCCUACGCUGUUUGGAAAAUCGAUUCAAUAAGAUCGAUCUUUUUAUAAAGAUCGCCCAAUCCUAAUACGAAUAGUAGAUGUAGGAUGGGCGCUUUGUUUAGCCCCCAGUUGAGCGAUGUAUUGAAGAACCAUUUGUUGAACAUUUUAAGUUAUAUAUGUAUUUUAAAAACUUGAAUAAAGGUGAACUAUUCAAAACAA